AUGCAAGGAUAUACCCACAAUGGCCCUAUUGAUUGCGAUGUCGACGUCGACCCUAGAGGCUUGAAAGGGAAGACAGCCAUCGUGACUGGAGGCGCAAAUGGUAUAGGAGAAGCAUAUACACGCGCUCUCGUCGCAGCUGGAGCAACCGUCUGCAUCGGCGACCUCGACACCGACAAAGGAAAGAAGCUAGAGAGCGAGCUUCCCAGAACCAAAUUCCUCCCCUGCAACAUCGCCAACUGGGCCGACCAACUCGCCCUCUUCCAAGCCGCCGUCUCCCUCUCUCCCACCGGCAAAAUCUCCUACGUAAUCGCCAACGCCGGCAUCCACCGCCCCGACGAAGUCUUCGCCGUCGCUGUCGACGACCAGGCCCCUCCCCAAAAGCCCGACCUCAGCGUCAUCGACGUGAACAUCACCGGCACCUUAUACACAACCAAGCUAGCAACGCACUACUUCGUCAAACAGAACGGACAGACACCCUCCCAGGACCAGGACGAUACAUGUCUGGUGCUGAUCGGCUCGGGCGCUGCGUUCCUGGACUGUCCGCGCACGCCGCAGUACUGUGCUAGUAAAUGGGCCAUGAGAGGGAUUAUGCAUGCGUUGCGCCGAACGGCGUUCUACUACGGGAGUCGCGCGAAUGUUAUUUCGCCGUGGUACGUUAAAACAAAUAUCCUGCCUGAGGAGGCCAUCGCGCGAGUCGAAGAGGUCGGCGUGCAGUUUGCCGAACCAGAAGAUGCCGGACAGUGUUUGUUGCGAGUCCUCAGCGAUUCAAGCAUCAAUGGACGCUCGAUCUUUCUCUCGGGCAGGAAGUGGGCCUCGAGGGGAUACAUCGACUUGGAUCUGGAGGACUACGCCGGGAACGCACUGGUGCAGGAAAUCCAGGAAGACCAGAUGAAGGCGGCGCCGCCUUCGAUGGGAUUGUUCGUGUAG